CUGGACAAAGCCCACCAUGGCGCCCCCGCCAAACCCUUUCGUGGAAGGCCCGCCGCUGAAGAUUCGAAAUGUGACUGUCCGUGGAAACAAGCGAACGAGCCCGACGUUGUUUGAAAACGAGCUCCAGAGAGCGUAUGCAGCUACUACCUUCGGAGGCGUGAUGGAGUCGCUGAAUGCAGCUGCAGUGGAGCUGCGCGCGUUUGGCAUUUUCGACUCGGUCGACAUUUUCGUCGAUAAAUCCGCGGAUGGUGCACAUAACGAGACAGACGUCAUUAUUACGGUCAAGGAGUCCCGCAUGCUGUCGUUGUAUGCGGGAGUCGAGUCGUCGGGCGUCGAAGGCACCGCGAACACAAAACUGACUCUAACCAAUCCACUGGGCCAUGCGGAGCAAGUCGAAUUAAGCGCCGCACAUGGUCAAUACGGCAGUGACGGUCAGAACUUUUCGUACCGCCGCCCAAAAUUCCUCGGCCGACCUUGGUGGUUCACCGCCACCGCCGCGAACGAAGUGCAGGUUCACGAGCGGUUCAGUUCCUUCCGGGAAAAGUUCCGUGGUGGGACAGUCUCCAUCAGCGACUACAACGGCGUGCAUGACCUCGCGUUCAACUUGGGCUGGCGCGAUAUUGUGCCAGUGCGCAACAAGAAAAUUCCCAACACGUACGCGGCAUCUCCAAGCAUCAUGGCGGAAGCCGUGCCUUCGACGAAGAGCAGUGUCAAGUACACGUUCAACGAUGACCAACGAAACGACUCGACGCUGCCGACGUCCGGCCGCCUCCUUCGAGUCAGUGCCGAAGUCGCGGGGCUCUGGGGGGACGUCCAUUUUACCAAGGGCGAGGCGGAAAUUCAACACAAUUUUCCGAUCGGUCCCAUCGCAUUUAACAACCCCAUCUUCAACAUCAUGCUGUCGUCCCGUCUGGGCGCGGUGCAUUCGUACGGUGCUGACAAAGACCGCCCAGCUCGCAUCUCGGAUCGGUUCUUCUUGGGCGGCCCGCUCUCGCUGCGUGGAUUCAACCACAAGGGCGUGGGGCCACGUGCCAACCCGGACGACGGGGGGGUCGUGACAGGCGACUCGUUGGGCGGCGAAGUGUUUUACAGCGUCGGGGCAAGUUUGGGUUUCCCGUUUCCGCUUCCCCUCCUUGCGAUGCUGGGCGUGCGCGGCCACGUGUUUGCGAAUGCCGGGACCGUCAUGGGCUGGAAUCGUGUCCUGGACGAGAAGAACUGGAUGAAAAACAUCCUCGACGACACUCGCGCGGCAGCUGGCGUCGGCCUUGUUGUCGCGACUCGAUUUGGCCGUCUCGAAGCAAACUACUCGUGGGUACUCAAGUCGUUGCAGGGGGACCGUGUGAAACGAGCCCAGAUCGGCCUCGGGAUGCAUUUCAUUUAGAGUUUUACACAUGACGCCGUAACAAGAAGC